GAGAGAGGGAGAGAGAGAGUAGUGGGGGGGUGGUGUGUGUGUUUGUGUGUCAGACGGUAUUCCUGCUCGUCUCGCUCCACCAGUUAAGUUAAAUCAGAGGCAGCCACUGGCACACUGCGGUGGUCUCUCUGUCUCUCUGCCCGUCCUGCUCUGGAGCAUCAGCUUCCUCCUGGUUCUGCACCACAGGACUCGCCGAGGCCCUCGCCCAAGGCCUGUAUCAGUCAACACAGACGCACCCUGCUGACAGGGCCCCCUGUUUAAACGUCCCAGGAUCUGGCACUAAAAAGGGAAAAUGACGAAUAUAACGACAGAAGGGAUACCUCUGGACUGCGGCAUGUCUGGAACACAUGAAUUCAUCUUCACCCUGGUGCCCAUCGUCUACGGCUGUAACUUUGUCAUCGGCAUUGUCGGAAACAGUAUGGUGGUGGCUGUCAUCUACUGCUACAUGAAGCUGAAGACUGUAGCCAACAUAUUUGUGCUCAAUCUCGCAGUUUCUGACCUCACCUUCCUCAUCACUCUGCCCAUGUGGGCCACCUCCACCGCCACAGGCUACCAUUGGCCCUUUGGGGUAUUCCUGUGCAAGGCCAGUGCAGGGCUGGUAAUUUUCAACCUUUACACCAGCAUCUUCUUUCUCACGGCGCUCAGCAUGGACCGUUAUCUCGCCAUCGUCCACCCAAUGCGUUCACGCAGGUUUCGCACUGUGGUGUACGCACGCAUCACAUGUGUUGUGAUCUGGCUUUUUGCCUUUUUGCUGAGUGUGCCCAUAGCAGUGACCAGGGAUCUCCACAAGAUCACAAACUACACGACAGUGUGUGGCAUUAUGCACCUUAAGAACGAAAACGCCAUUUGGUUGAAAGGGCUGCUGCUGGCCAUCAGCCUGAUGAAAAGCCUGCUGGGCUUCCUGGUGCCCUUCAUCAUCAUCAUCACCUGCUACUGCCUCAUCGGUCGAGCACUGCUGGGGAAGAGGAACAUCCAGAAAAGCUCCCGUUCACGGGACGAUGACGUCCUGCGCAUGCUCGCAGCAGCCGUGCUGGCCUUCUUCCUGUGCUGGAUGCCUCAUCAGGUGUUCCACUUAAUGCAGAUCCUCACCCAGACGAAACUGGUGGAGAACUGCGCCAUCCUAGAUAUCAUUGACACCGCCAUGCCGUUCACCAUCUGCAUCGCCUACUUCAACAGCUGUGUUAACCCUAUUGUGUACGGCUUUGUUGGGAACAACUUUCGCAAGAAUUUGCUGCGUCUGUUGCGCUGCUCGCCAAGAGGAGCCACAGGGCCUCACCCGAGCAUCAGCUCUAAAAUGAGCGCCCUCUCUUUUCGUGCCUCUGAGGCACUGAACCUCACAGCCAAAAGUAAGGCCUCCUCUGACGUUAAGUGAAGGGAAAAAAUAGAGAGAGGGUACUAGUUCACUCUCCCUGCUCUUUUGGUCUGUGGUUAAGGGGCCACAGAUGGAGACAUUCUUUACUUUUAAAACCCCAACUGUAUUACCAAGCACUGAACCAUGCAGAGUGGUUUAAAGGUUGUAUUCAUGUCCCUCCGUGAGUCCAAGAGACAUUCUUGUACAAUGCUCAUCUGCAGAGCAGUUAUCCAUAAACCGUUACUUGUCACACAACACUCCAGGAUUUAACUAUAUCAAUGGCGUACUGCCCUGCUAGAAUCGACUAUCCAUAAUUACAGAUCCCAUUAUUUAUAUAAGAUAUGCAUGCAUUGCAUUAUUUUGUCACCUUAAAGAUACACUGCAGUAAUGUGUUGUCCAGUGAUAACCAUUAUGUGUACUCAGCAAGUCUUUCAACAAUUGGCAAAGAUGCCAAGGCG